CCCGUAGGUGAGUUCGUGCCUUUUUUAUCGAAGGACUGGAAACACAGGACAUGCUUUGAGUUUUGGGAGGACGAGGCUCCCUCUGGCGGGGUGCGCGGAUCACCAGCCCGCAGGAGGAGCGUGGGGCGCUGGCGCCCCUCCCUCACCUGGUCACGUGAGCAAGCCCCUGCUCCUCAACCUGGACUCUCACAGGCACCGCAUUCCCGGAAGCAGCCGACGUCCCACGCCUUGUGUGUGCUAACUCGCUCUGCCAGGGCCCACGCACCUUUCCCUUGGUUUUCCGUGGAGGCAGGUGUCACUGAUUGACAGACCUGAUCACUCACUCUUUGAUGCAGUAAACACUGAUUCAACAGGGACCUCUGCCCAGGCGUGGCGUGUGCACAGCAGGGCUGCCUGGGGUCACGCCAGCCGCCACACCCCUCCUCCGCGUCUCCACGCUCCUAAUGAACCCGGCUGACUCAGGUCCCACUUCUGGGAACCAGAAAGGAGAACGGUGCGCACUUCGCAGAUUUCAGUACUUGGAAACGUGUACUUGGUACACGUCUGAACAGGAUCCAGUCGGGACUGCGGGCGGUGAGCAAUGUGAGUCCUGCUGAAGUGGACGUGACAGUUAAAUGCAGCUCAGAGCACACAGGGCCUGGGAAUGUUCAGCACAAACUGGAGGAGAGCUGGGGCCCGGACAAACUGAGGUCUGCCACAGGAGCUUCCUGCCCCGAGUGGAUCUGCACCCAGGUCGGCCAGGGGAGACACCUGCUGCGUAUGAAGGACACAACAGCAGUUCUGCAAGUGGGUUCUAGUCAUCUCUCCAGGGAGACUGCAACGGCCUCCUUGCCUCUGACUACUCGUGGAAUCCUACUGUUCGGGGCCACUGCAGAUCCGCGGGAUCGGGAGCAGAGCAGGCUGUCCACACAGACCCAGCACCGGCCUUGCCUCAGCUGAGCAGUCAACAUGGCCACAAUGCGACUCAGCUACCUGGAUGUGACCACUUCCCACAAUGCCCUUUUCUGUCCUGGGACCCCACCAGGCCCAUCUGGUCAGUUCCUGGCUCUUGCCUGCUCUUUUAUGAUCAGUGGCUUCAUACAAAGACCCUCAGUUGAGGUCUGAUGUCUCCUGAUGCCUAGACAGCCAGGAAGGCCACUGCUGAGGGCAUGCCUGCCCACAAAGGGUUCCACACCAACAGGCCACGUGUUCACUUUUCACAACCGUGAGGUCAAGGUGGCACCUGAUGGGUGUGUGAGGGUACACUCGGUCCAGCCACCACUUGGGACGCCUGCAUUGCCUAUCGGAGCGCCUGGUUCUAGUCUCGGCUACUCCACCUCUGAUCUAGCUUCUUGCUGAUGCACAUCUCGGGAGGCACAGAUGAUGGCCCUAGUAUGUGCAGGGGCCCUACCACCCAUGUGGGAGCCCCAGAUGGAGCUCCAGGCUCCUGGCUUCCGCCUGGUCCAGCCCCAGCUGUGGGGGGCAUUUGCGGAGUGAACCAGUGGACGGAAGACCUCCCUCCGUUUCUCUUAAAAAAAAAAAAAAAAAAAAGAUGGUACCUACUGGGUGUCUGCACUUUCACUUGUUUGUCCCUCUGUAAUUAACCGAUUUCUUGAAGAAGAUACUGUUGUUGUUUUUUUUAAUAUUUAUUUAUUUAUAUGAAAGUCUGAGUUACAGAGAGGAGAGGCAGAGAGAGAGAAAAACAGAGGUCUUCCAUUCACUGGUUCACUCCCCAAUUGGCCACAAUGGCCAGAGCUGCGCCAUCUGAAGCCAGGAGCCAAGAGCUUCUUCCAGGUCUCCCAUGUGGUUGCAGGAGCCCAAGCACUUGGGCUAUCUUCUACUGCUCUCCCAGGCCAUAGCAGAGAGCUGGAUUGGAAGUGGGGCAGCCAGGACUUGAACUGGCGCCCACACGGGAUGCCGGCGCUGCAGGUGACAGCUUUACCCACUACACCACAGCGCCGGCCCCCAGAAGACACUUUCAGACAGCACGAACGUCCUGCUUCUUCAACACUCUGCCCACCAAGUGCAGACUCUCGCCAACAGCACUGCAGGGGCGGAGCUGGGCUGGCACCUUCCUGCCCCCUGGGUCCUUCACGUCCAUCGCUGGGAUUCUCCCCAAAGGGGCUUUCCCUCUGUGUGUCAGUACAGACUGGGUGGACAGUUCCUUUAUUCUUUAGUUAUAACAUGAUUGUUAGGUGUUUUGCUCAAUUUCUGUCAAUUCUGGCCACUGGGAGCUCGCUCAGGAUGAUUCCCGGUUCAUCUUAUGUAGGAGCCCCUGAUUUCCUCGCCUCGCCAGGGCUCCAGACACAUCCGGGGAGGGAGGAGAUGGCCACCCUCUCCAUCCCCAGCCUUUCACAGCAGCUGACCUGUUCCCCGCCCUGUGGGUUCAUGGCUCCCAGCUCUCAGGUAAGCAGAAUCAGGGAGCCCCUGAGCUGGCCUCUGCACAGCCAGGUGCACUUCUACCUCCCCCAGCUCCCUGGGGUACGUGUGCUGGAAGCCAACCCAAUUCCCGCAGAAGGACACUGGCUGUUUCUGGUUUGCGGCAGUACGACAGGGAUGCCAUAAACAUCUGUGGGCAGGCAUCUGGUUAGCUUUGUGAGAAACGGCCAUGCUGCGCUCUGUGUGACGUCUGCACCGGGUUUCUGCAUGGCCGUGUUCUGGACGUGGGCCACUGAACAGGCAUGUCGGGAGUGUCACCGUGGCUGCCGCUGCAGUCCCCUAAGGAAGAGGGUGUCUUCAUACGCUUCCGUGACAGCUGCACGUCUCUGGUGCUGUCAGUUCAGAAGCUGGGUUGUUUUCCUGCUGGAUUUGAGGGGUGCUCAGGCAUCACGGAAACCAGUCCUACAGCUGCGGUGUGACCUGCAAAUUUCUUCUCCCAGUGGCUGGCCUUCCAAUGUCUUUGCAGCAUUUUUCACAGAGCAAACCUUCAGAGACUGUUAACUCCCAAUGGCCGCUUCCUGUCCUCACGGAUCAUGCCUUUGACCCCUGGUCCACCCAACCCAAGGCCACGCAUGCUCCCUCCCGCGCCCUGCUCUACGAGGCCACGCGUGCUCCCUCCCGCGCCCUGCUCUACGAGGCCACAUGUGCUCCCUCCCGCGCCCUGCUCUACGAGGCCACGCGUGCUCCCUCCCGCGCCCUGCUCUACGAGGCCACGCGUGCUCCCUCCCGCGUCCUGCUCUACGAGGCCACGCGUGCUCCCUCCCGCGCCCUGCUCUACGAGGCCACGCGUGCUCCCUCCCGCGCCCUGCUCUACAAGGCCACGCGUGCUCCCUCCCGCGUCCUGCUCUACAAGGCCACACGUGCUCCCUCCCGCGCCCUGCUCUACGAGGCCACGCGUGCUCCCUCCCGCGCCCUGCUCUACGAGGCCACGCGUGCUCCCUCCCGCGCCCUGCUCUACGAGGCCACGCGUGCUCCCUCCCGCGCCCUGCUCUACGAGGCCACGCGUGCUCCCUCCCGCGCCCUGCUCUACGAGGCCACGCGUGCUCCCUCCCGCGUCCUGCUCUACGAGGCCACGCGUGCUCCCUCCCGCGUCCUGCUCUACGAGGCCACGCGUGCUCCCUCCCGCGCCCUGCUCUACGAGGCCACGCGUGCUCCCUCCCGCGUCCUGCUCUACGAGGCCACACGUGCUCCCUCCUGCGCCCUGCUCUACGAGGCCACGUGUGCUCCUUCCCAUGUUUGACUUGCUUUACAAGCUGACAGUUCUCCAUGCAGGUUGAUGACUGGUCUUUACAAGCGGUGAGGGCUGAGCUGCUGCUGCUGCUGCUGGGUGCCCCGUUGUAGGACCUCCCUGGAAAAGGCGGGGGCCCUGUGGCUCCUGUUCUGGGCUCCGUGUCCGCCUUUGACAACGACACACGUCACAGUUAUUGUUUUACUCUAAGAAGUCUUGAAAUUGGCAAUGUGCUUUUCAACUUUGUUUUUUUCGAAACUGCUGUCAGUUCUAGUUCCCUUGCCUCCUUACGUAAGCUUUAGGAUCAGCUUCUCACUGUUCAGCACCACCACGUCUCUCCGUCUGUUACCCGUUUGUGUCUUCAAGUUUCUCCAUGAGCGCCCCCCACUUCCCAGCACACAGACUCUGCGUCUAUCUUUCCUCAGAGGCAUACUCAAGUAUUUCACUCUUCCUGGUUAUUGUGAGUGGUGUUUCACAUCUUUUCGUAUCCAAUUAUUCAGUGCUAGUGUAUUGGAUUAGAAGUGACUUGGACCUUUUUCCCCUUUUAAUAAGGUUUUAUUAAACCUUCUUGAACUUACCAGAGGAGGGUUUUGUUUUGUUUUGGUGGACUCCUUGUGGAUUUUCUGUAUGCACAAUUAUGUCACCUGCCGAGAUAUUUCUAUCUCCUCCUAAUUUCCAAGGCUUUAAUUUCCAUUUCUUGCCUUAAUAACUGUUGUUUUUAAAGUUAUACAGACACACAUUUCAAAAGAUAACAUAAUUUUGAGAACAUUCUAGAGAAAACAGAAGAUGCUACAGUAGUCCUGGAAGUCCGUGCCCACCAGUCCCAAGGCUGCGUGAAUGAUCUGACAUCCCAGAGACGUGCUCUCUUCAAGCAGCAGAGCCACAGCCACUGCCUCUGUAACCACAGCACAGUCAAGCCUAUGGACCGGAAACCAAUUCCUGCCACGGUCUACGACACGCCAGGACCAUGUGUGCUGCUGGCCAGGCCAGCCCGGAGCGCAGACACACAGUGCUGUAAGGCCAGGGAGACACCUGCAGCCAGGAGAGGUGAGUGUGUUGGCUCCGCCCCACGUGACUGAGCUCAUCGUGGGCCGGGGACAGUGACUCAGAGCAGAAGCUGAGCUCCCGACGAGGAACGUCAACACAGCUGCCGACGCACAGCUUUCCGUGAGAAGAAGGAAAUGCCGCUUCGGAAAUGGAUCACUCCCUCCUCGUCCUUCUGUCCAACACUGACCCGACACAGGCUGUGUGCAGGCGCGGUGUGUUAGAGUACUGAACAGUGGUGUGAGCUCAGGAUGGCUGACCCCAGGCAUGACGUCCACAAGGACUCGCGGACCACACAGACGCAUGGCAAGACGCACACUGAAGACGGGACACUACAUGCCACGUGCUCCCUGCCAUUCAGAGCCUCCGGCACACAGCAGCAGUGCAGUUCUGACCACGUCCGUGCCGUGUGCUCUACCACGGCCAGUCACCACGAAGGCCAUGGUUUCUUCUCCUGCCCAGAAGGCAGACUUGCUGAGAGCAGCUAAACUUCUGCCUUUACUCGCCUGGACAGAACCUUCCAGAGACAGAUGAGGGUCUCGGCACCCGAGCCUGGGCUGAGCCUAGGCAGGACGCACAGGGCUGGGUCCCCAGGGCCUUGGCCCAGUGCUCAGCGGGACGGCAGAGCUUCACUCAGUGAAGACAACUCCACUCUAUCAGCUUUAGAGUCUGAGUACGUCACAGCUCCUUUGUUUUCAAAGGGCCUGAAGCAUGCUGGACUUUUUAUAAAAGAGAUACUAAAAAGGUACAAGGCAUAGGGUUUGGGGUAUUGAAGAGGAACUUAGAGAAAAUGAGCUACUGAGUUCUUGUCAAAAAAUUGAGAAACAGUGUCCCGCCCUCAGGCGGCUGAGUCUCCACCGUCACCCCUUCAACGGAGACAGCAACUCGGUGGCUCUGACGAGGGGCCGGGCCCGCCUGCCUUGCUGCCUCUGUGGCCACAAACACCUGCUCAUUGCUACAGUAACUCAGACAGGCGGGAAGAUGAGUACAACCUAAACCCUUAACCCCCACACCCACCGUCUGUGUCUGCCGUGUGGCUGCUGCUGCGCCAGCCCUAACACCUGCGUCCGUCCCCUGGGCCAGGACAGCUCGUCUGGUCUCACGUUCCUAUAGGAGAACGGAUCCCCCGCAGUGGCGAUGCGGCCUUCGAGAGCGCUUGUCUCUGGAUGUGAGGUGUGUGCGAGCUGUCACGACGGUGCCUCGCUUUGGGUGUCUGGUGCACUCUGCUUCACGCUAUCACAAUGGUUUAGCACCGAAGGCUAUUAAACGGAAAAGCCUGUUUUCCUCUUGUAAUACAUGUAAUGUAUGGUGACUUCUCCUGGUAGUCAUAGGAUAUUAUCACCAUGACAACAAUGUUUAUGUCUUAUUUUAUACUACAAGGUAAAACAGAUUAAAAGGCAGUAUGGCUUUCUGCAUUUUCUCCAGGAACUUUGACAUCUGUAUUCCACCAGGCCCCGAAGUCAUCGAGUGGUGACUGUCAGGGGACUUCAACGCCUGAGCCCUCUCUUCCCGGUGCCACACUGGGCGGCUCUGGGCAUGGAGCCGACACCCUCCGAGCAGCAGGCGUGACCCUAACUGCAGCGGAGGUGGUGGGGUUUGUGCUCCGAGUGGGCUCGGGAACGCUGGCCUGUGCGAAGUCCCACAGUCUGCCUCUGGACACAUGACCUCUCGUCCGCUUGUGGUCUUGUACUUCCUGUCCCAAAAUAGGCUUCCAUAGAGACGGUGAUAAACCAAGGCCUCCUUCAGGAACACUUCAGUCUUCAGAGUUUCAUGCUGACCGACUGAAUCUUCUGCAGGUCUGGGUUCAUGGGACUCCCUGGGGCAGGUGUUCUCAGGGCUCUCAGGAACAGAAAUGCACUGUCCACUGAGCGAAGACCCCGGCAGUGGGUCCUCAGGUCCUGCUGCGGGGCGUGCUGGGCAUGCAGCCCAGGCACCAGGGGUCCCUCUACGUAGUUCACUGAAGCCCACCGACGCCUGCAGCCCACUUUAUUCUGAUCUGAGCACAGCACCAGGGCGUCACUGCUGGCGCUAGAGAGCCGUUUUUCUCCCGGGGGGAAGGCCCUUUAGAAAUUUAACGCGAAAGGAAAUCGCCAAAAGUAAUGAGGAUAAACAGAAAGCAUCUGGAUGCAGACAAUAAUUGUCCAAAAACCCACCAAAGCCCAGCACGCGCAGGGUGCUCCCCGCCGGCGGCUGUGGCAGAACACGGCGCCUGCUGGGUGCCUACC